UUAUUGAUAAAACAAAAAAAAACAUGGAGAUGGAAGUGGUGAUGGCAGUGCCUCCACCUCCUCCUCCUCUUCCUUCAAUGGACUUCAACUUCGAUAGCAACUGUUCCUCUCCUUACAUCACAGCACCUUCAAGCCCACAACCCUUUGGGAACUUCUUCUUCAGUGCUCCUACAAGUCCCACACGUGGUGUUUCCUCUUUCUUCCACAACCAUAUCAACAACAACAACGACGACUUGCAUACCCGCCACUCCUCUGCUUCUGAACCUAACAACAACAAUGAUGUCAAUGAAGAUUUCGAAUUCAAUUUCAGUGGCCACCUCGAAAGACCUUCUCUCUCUGCUGAUGAGCUCUUCCAUGGUGGAAAGAUUCGGCCUUUGAAGCUCCCUCCAACCACAAACAAAACAUCAUCUACUAAAAGAGAGAAGAGACUCAUUCACAAUGAACAAUUUAGAGAAACAACACGUAAAAGGGUAGAAGAAGGUGCACCCUCAACAACAACAACAUCACCAUCUUCAAUAUCUUCUGGUCGCAAAGGAAGUAGAAGAAGAUCUUUGUCACCUUCGAGGGUAUCUGACAGCGACAGAAACAGAAGUAGUGUGUGUGAUUCCGAUGAUGUUUCACAAAAGGGUAAUAAUAAUAAUAAUAAUAAAGGUUUUUCUUCAAGCACUUUCUCGUUCCUGUCAUCGAUUUCGUUCACAAAAGGGUAUCGAAAAUGGAAGCUAAAAGAUUUUCUACUGUUCCGGAGUGCCUCAGAGGGAAGAGCCACCGACAAAGAUCCUUUGAGGAAGUACAUGGUACUGUCCAAAACAACAGCGCACGAGGAUGUCAGAAACUCCAGUUUCCGGUCCACGGAGAGUUCCGGUUCAGUGUCAAGACGGAGAGGACCGGUUUCGGCUCAUGAAUUGCAUUACACACUGAACCGGGCUGCUUCUGAGGAGUUGAAGAAAAAGACCUUGUUGCCUUACAAACAGGGCUUGUUGGGGUGUUUGGGGUUCAAUACUGGCAUGCAUCAUAGUAGAAGAAUUGGGUCUAUGGAACGUUCAUAA